ACUUGAGGCGGUCCUAUGACACCAACGAAACACCUCCGGGGUCCUGGAUCAUCCCCAACCAGCACAGCCCUCCUCCACCAGAUACCAAACCUUCUUUUAAAAAAUGGCACCCUCCACUUCUUCACAACUCCUCUCUGCGCUUUUAAUCGCGUUUUCCGCCUCCGUGGUGAACUCCCAGUAUGAGAAAUACAGCUUCAGGAGCUUCCCGAGGAACGAGCUGAUGCCUCUGGAGUCCGCGUACAAAUACGCUCUGGACCAGUACACCGGGGAGAAGUGGAAAGAGACAGUGGACUACAUGGAGGUGUCUCUGCGGCUCUACAGGCUGCUCCGGGACAGCGAGGCCUUCUGUAACCUCAACUGCAGCUCGGUGAGGCUGGACGACGAGCAAAAGUUUGCAGAGUUUCCCGAGCUGCGGGCGUUUGGGAACGUGAUGAAGAGGGCGCAGUGCCUGAAGCGCUGCAAACAGGGACUGCCCGCUUUCAGGCAAACCAUGCCCAGCAGGGACACCAUAGAGGAGUUUGAAAGGAGAGAGCCGUACAAAUACCUGCAGUACGCAUAUUUCAAAUCUGACAACCUGGCCAAAGCUGUGUCUGCAGCUCACACCUUCCUGCUGAAGCACCCGGAUGACGAGAUGAUGCAGAGGAACAUGGCCUACUACAAGAGUAUGCCCGGAGCCGAAGACCACCUCAAAGACCUUGAGACCAAAUCCUAUGAGACAUUGUUUGUGCGUUCAGUCCGGGCGUAUAAUGGAGAAAACUUCCGUACGUCUGUGUCAGACAUGGAGCUGGCUCUGCGGGACUUCUUCAAGGUGUACGAUGAGUGUCUGGCUGCGUCCGAGGGCCCCAGAGAUAUCAAAGACUUUAAAGACUUCUACCCCUCCAUAGCUGAUCACUACAUCGAGGUACUGGACAGAAAAGUGAGGUGUGAGAGUGACCUGACCCCAGUCGUAGGGGGUUUUGUCGUCGAGAAGUUUGUAGCCACUAUGUACCACUAUCUUCAGUUCGCCUAUUACAAAUUGAAUGACCUGAAGAAUGCAGUGCCAUGUGCUGCCAGCUACAUGCUCUUUGACCCCAGUGAUGAAGUUAUGAAGAAUAACGUGGCAUAUUACAAGUUCCACAAAAGCCAGUGGGGGCUGAUAGAGGAGGACUUCUUACCGAGACCUGAGGCAGUGCGGUAUUACAAUCAGACCACGAUGCAGCUACAGAUGUUAGAGUUUUCCAAACUGCGCCUGGUGAGCGACGAUGAGGGAGAGGUGGUGGAGUUUAUUGAUGAUUUCCUGGACGAAGAUGAUGAUAUUCCCAUGUUGGAAAGUCCGCCGAAAAACUGAAAAACAAUCAGAACACAACAGCACCAAAACUCCUUAAGUUUCUAUUUAUUGGUUUCAGAUACGAGGCUCUGAUAGGUCAAUGUGUUUUGUUUUUUGUUUUACCUGAAAGAUCCGCAUCCUGAAUGAUAUAUAUUGACAUUUCUGAUUUUGUGCACUAAACAUCCAGUCGAGUGGUACAGACUAUAAAACAUGGUGGUUAAAUGUUUUUUAAAAAGGUAUGAGAUUUUACUGUUUUAUGAACCCAUUGUUCUGCUGUGAAUCAUGUUUAAUGUCUUUAAAAAAUGUUAACUUUCACAAUGACAUUUUAAUAAAACUGAAAGACAAACGGUAA